AUGUUGUGGAAAGUUUUAUGUGCGACUUCACUCCUGAUCGUCAGCGUUUCGAGCCGAUCGAUAGCUGUGAAAGGAAAUUUGAAGUGUGGAAAAUAUCCAGCUGGUCAGAUUCUGCUGCGAUUGUGGGACUCAAGUAGAGUUGAGGGUACCAAGGAUAAACUCAUGGAUCAAACACAUUCCGACAAUGACGGGAAUUUCGAUUUGGUUGCUCAUGGAACUUUGAGAAACGGCUGGCAGCCUGUGAUGACUAUACACCAUGAUUGUGAUGACGCAAAGAACCCUGGACGUCGAAUGUUGAAGUUUCGCCUUCCACUAAGCUACAUCGAAGAUGCAGACCCACCAAAGAAAUGGUUUGAUCUGGGAGUUUUCAACUUGGAAACUCAUAUCAAUGAUAGCGAGGAAAGAGUCGAGCAGAUUACCAGAAGAAGAAGAAGAAGACAUCGUCAUAGGGCACACAGAUCAGCUGCUCGCCAUCGCACCACUCCCGAACCGCUCGAUACCUUCGAUAGCCCUGAAGACAGAAUCGAGCCAUGGUGA